AUGUCGUCCUGUGCGUGUCCUAUGACGAGCCCCGUCGGGGCAACGCUGGCGGCACUGUGCGGCGGUACGCAGUACAUGCUGUUUAUGGGAUUGCUGGAGGUGUUCAUAAGGUCACAGUGCGAUCUGGAGGAUCCUUGCGGACGCACCAAGGCGAAAUCAUCCCGAAAUGUGGACUACGAGUAUGACUUCAUCGUUGUCGGUGGUGGAUCGGGCGGUUCGGUAAUCGCAUCGCGACUGUCGGAGAUCAAGAACUGGAAGGUACUCCUCAUCGAAGCAGGACCGGACGAACCCACCGGAGCCCAGAUUCCGUCCAUGUUCCUGAACUAUCUGGGAAGCGACAUCGACUGGAAGUACAACACGGAACCGGAGCAGUACGGGUGUCUUGGAUCGCCGGAACAGCGCUGCUACUGGCCGCGUGGUAAAGUGCUCGGUGGUACCUCGGUGCUGAACGGCAUGAUGUACAUACGCGGUAACCCACAGGACUACGACGACUGGGAAGCGAUGGGCAACCCGGGAUGGAAGUGGAAGGAGGUGCUGCCGUACUUUAUGAAGUCGGAAGACAACCUUCAGAUCAACGAAGUCGACUCGAAGUACCAUUCGACGGGUGGUAUGCUUCCGGUGGGACGUUUCCCGUACAACCCCCCGUUCUCGUACUCGGUUCUGAAGGGUGGCGAACAGUUGGGCUACCAGGUGCAGGAUCUGAACGGUGCCAACACGACCGGUUUCAUGAUAGCGCAGAUGACCAACAAGAAUGGCAUUCGGUACAGUGCGGCGCGUGCCUUCCUGCGCCCUGCUGUGAACCGGGCCAAUCUGCAUAUUCUUCUGAACACCACCGUCACCAAGGUGUUGGUACACCCGACCUCCAAAACGGCGCACGGUGUCGAGAUCGUCGACGAGGAUGGCCACAUGCGGAAGAUUCUCGUCAAGAAGGAAGUUAUCGUGAGUGGUGGUGCGGUCAAUUCGCCCCAGAUUCUGCUGUUGAGCGGUAUUGGACCGAAGGAGCAUCUGGAGAAGGUGGGAGUACGACCGAUCCAUGAUCUACCGGGCGUUGGUAAGAACCUGCACAACCACGUGGCUUAUUUCAUCAACUUCUUCCUGAACGAUACGAAUACGGCUCCACUGAACUGGGCCACCGCCAUGGAGUAUCUCCUGUUCCGCGACGGACUGAUGUCCGGGACGGGUGUAUCGGCAGUGACGGCGAAGAUCAGCUCCAAGUAUGCCGAUCGACCCGAUGAUCCGGAUCUUCAGUUCUACUUCGGUGGCUUCCUGGCGGACUGUGCCAAGACCGGUCAGGUUGGUGAGCUGCUUAGCAACGAUUCCCGCUCGGUGCAGAUCUUCCCGGCCGUGCUGCAUCCAAAGAGCCGCGGGUACAUCGAGCUCAAGUCGAACGAUCCGCUGGAGCAUCCCAAGAUUGUGGUGAACUAUCUGAAGGAGGAUCACGACGUGAAGGUGUUGGUUGAGGGUAUCAAGUUUGCAGUGCGUCUCUCCGAAACGGAUGCCCUGCAAGCGUACGGUAUGGACCUGGACCGAACGGCCGUAAAAGCUUGCCAGGACAAGGAAUUCGGAUCGCAGGAAUACUGGGAGUGUGCCGUUCGGCAGAAUACCGGUGCCGAGAACCAUCAGGCCGGUUCGUGCAAGAUGGGCCCCACCAGUGACACGCAGGCUGUGGUAGAUCACGAGCUCCGGGUGCACGGCGUGAGGAAUCUGCGAGUCGUCGAUGCGUCCGUCAUGCCGAAGGUGACCUCGGGCAACACGAACGCACCGAUCAUCAUGAUUGCCGAGAAGGGUGCCCAUCUUAUUCGUCGAGCGUGGGGUGCUCGCUAG